CGCCGUAGGCCUGUGGCCUCACCAGUGCGCCAGCCCCCCGGGAGCGUGCGGCGGCCGGAGAGAUGUCGCUGCUGCGGUCAAUGCGUGUCUGUCUGGUCGCGCGGACCGGGAGCUGCCCGGUGAGGGGUCUCGGCCCCCGCACCGACCUGCUUUCCUUGCGGGUCUCCCGGGCAGGGCCCCUUCCGCUGCAGUCGCCUCAGCCAUGGCACGCCUUUCACGCAGGGCACUGGCUGUCCUCGGCCUCCAGCAAGGAGCUCCUCAUGAAGUUGCGGCGGAAAACGGGCUAUUCUUUUGUGAACUGCAAGAAAGCGCUGGAGACUUGCGGCGGGGACCUCAAACAGGCGGAGAGCUGGCUUCAUGAGAAGGCCCAGAAGGAGGGCUGGAGCAAAGCUGCCAAGCUCCAUGGGAGGAAGACCAAAGAAGGUCUGAUUGGGCUGCUGCAGGAAGGAAACUCCACCGUCUUAGUUGAGGUAAACUGUGAGACAGAUUUUGUUGCAAGAAACCUAAAAUUUCAACAAUUGGUCCAGCAAGUGGCCCUCGGAACCAUGUUGCAUUGUCAGAGCCUAAAGGACCAACUUUCCACUUACAGUAAAGGCUUCUUGAAUUCCUCUGAGCUCUCUGAACUUCCCUUUGGGCCUGAGAGGAAAGGCUCUCUCAAGGAUCAGCUGGCCUUAGCAAUUGGGAAACUGGGAGAAAACAUGACUCUUAAACGAGCUGCUUGGGUGAAGGUGCCCAACGGGUUCUAUGUUGGCUCCUAUGUCCAUGGAACCAUGCACAGCCCCUCCCUCCACAACCUGGUGCUGGGGAAGUACGGGGCCCUGGUCAUCUGCGAGAUAUCCGAGUGGAAAGCAAACCUGGAAGAACUCGGCCGCCGCCUCGGGCAGCAUGUGGUAGGCAUGGCCCCUCUCUCUGUUGGCUCCCUGGACGAUGAGCCUGGGGGAGAGACAGAAACCAAGAUGCUGUCCCAGCCGUACUUGCUGGACCCCUCGAUCACGUUGGGACAGUAUGUGCAGCCCCAGGGCGUGUCUGUGGUGGACUUUGUGCGGUUCGAAUGUGGAGAAGAGGGGGAGGCGGCAGAGGCUGAAUAGGCUCCAGAGGCUUUAGGCCCAGGAGGAAACUGGUUCUGGUUCUGGGCUUUAUUACAAAAAGCAGUUCUUUCUUAAGCCUCAUCAAACCCAGGAUUUGUUUUAUAAUGAAAUUAUACAUCAUGAAUAAAGUUAUUAAAUAAAAUUGUUACAUAAUAAA